AUGCAUAAAAAACAGCCGCAGUCUGUAGAAAGCAAUGCUCAACAUGAAAGGAAAUCCACAUUCAGGUCCCCCCAAAAAGGACGUAUCGUAGUGCCACCCUAUCUUAACAUAUUCCCAAGUGGGCCAUUUGAGACAGAGAUUAAGCUCACUGUGUUGGUUCCGCCCGUUGUCAGUGUCGGCCCUGUGAUAAUUCCUGUUGCUGGUGAUGGUAACGUGACCUUGGUGACCUGCACUACAGCCAAAACAAGGCCUCCAGCAGAAGUGUCAUGGCUCUUGUCUCUGAACACCUUUGUGAGAGUAGAGACCAGCCUGUCUCUGCAAACUGAUGGAACUUACACUGUUACAAGUCAUUUGAUUGGUGUAGCAUCCAAAGAACUUAACCAGCAGAAGGUUCAGUGUUUGGUGAACCACACGGCCCUGCAUACAGAACUGGUACUGGACUACACAAUAGUAAUCCAUUAUCCUCCUCAGGUUGCUUAUAUUUUAUCCGUUGGUAAAGCAACAAAACAUCAAGAAUUUCUCUGUGAAGCAGAUGGCAAUCCAAAACCAACAACCUUCACCUGGAGGAGGGUGAACAUCCAAGUUGAUGAUAAAGACAAACUUCUAAUCCCACUAUCUUCUGACCAUAAUGGCUUGUAUGUCUGUGAAGCUUCAAACCAGUAUGGAAGUGUCACAGGAUCUCUCUAUGUAUAUGUUAAUAGAGAAUCCACAUGGACCACUGUGGUUAUUCUGGGAAUUAUUCUGGUUACUAUUCUACUUUUUCUUUUGUAUUUUUUUCGUAAGCGCUUGUUCACACAUCUCGUACAGCUAUGGAGAGGAAUUCACCAUGUCGACCGCGACCGUGACCGUGUGCCUACUCAGUCACCCUCGCAGAAUACACGUUCAGAAAGAACAGAGGAGCAACAACUUGGAGCAUGUUACACUCCUGGACUGCUGUAGUGUGCUCUUGGUCCAGUUCGGGAUUUAGGACUGUCUGUGCACCUCGCUGCUGGCCUCGCCCUUCCUUGAGGGAUUGCUGUGGCUUAUAUAAGGACCCUGCAGGAAAAAGACAGCGGCUUGCCCAAGCUCCUUCUUGUACUGGUGGUGAUUUGUGAGUUUGUUAUUUUUGCUGUGCUUACCUUGUCUUGUGAUAUCCCUAGUUAGCCUGUGCUUGUGUUUGUGUAUGUGUAGAUCUGUAUGUGAGCAUUAAAAUGCAUUAAAUUGUUCAAGAUGACCUUAUACUGUUUCACAGACAUUUAAUAUUCUGUAACUUCCUUUGGGAUCAAUAAAGUUUUCUUAAAAUUAUA